AUUGGCUGUCCCUCUCAGUUCCUGCGGGAGUCGCAUCCUACCUGGCUAGGAGGUGUACCACUGCUCCCUACUCUCCCUGCUUGGAUCCCGCGGGCUGCUAGGAAGUGGGAGCCGAAAGACCUGGCAUGCAAGCUUGAGCGAGUGCGGCUCCUUGAAAGCUAUCUAGAUGGGGUUCUGGAAAGCUUUCCUCCUCACCCCUUUUCUUCUGCGGAAUCAAAGUAGAGGGGUGAGGUUGAUGUUCUUGCUACUGACCCUUCAUCUGGGAAAUUGUGUUGAUAAAACAGAUGAUGAAGAUGAUGAGGAUUUGACGGUGAAUAAAACUUGGGUCUUGGCACCAAAAAUCCAUGAAGGAGAUAUCACACAAAUUCUCAACUCAUUGCUUCAAGGAUAUGACAACAAACUGCGUCCAGAUAUAGGUGUGAGGCCCACAGUAAUUGAAACUGACGUUUAUGUAAACAGCAUUGGACCAGUUGAUCCCAUAAACAUGGAAUACACAAUAGAUAUAAUUUUUGCCCAAACUUGGUUUGACAGUCGUUUGAAGUUCAAUAGUACAAUGAAAGUACUAAUGCUUAACAGUAAUAUGGUAGGGAAAAUUUGGAUUCCGGACACAUUCUUUAGAAAUUCCAGAAAAUCGGAUGCUCAUUGGAUAACAACUCCUAAUCGUCUGCUAAGAAUUUGGAAUGACGGUCGAGUUCUAUACACAUUAAGGCUGACAAUUAAUGCAGAAUGUUAUCUUCAGCUUCAUAAUUUUCCUAUGGAUGAACAUUCCUGUCCACUUGAGUUUUCCAGCUAUGGAUAUCCUAAAAAUGAAAUUGAAUAUAAAUGGAAAAAGCCCUCUGUAGAAGUGGCUGAUCCUAAAUACUGGAGAUUAUAUCAGUUUGCGUUUGUAGGCUUACGAAACUCAACUGAAAUUUCCCACACAAUCUCCGGGGAUUAUGUGAUUAUGACCAUUUUUUUUGAUCUGAGCAGACGGAUGGGGUAUUUCACUAUUCAGACCUACAUUCCAUGCAUUCUGACUGUUGUUCUUUCUUGGGUGUCUUUUUGGAUCAAUAAAGAUGCAGUACCUGCCAGAACAUCACUUGGUAUCACAACAGUUCUGACCAUGACAACCUUGAGUACAAUUGCCCGCAAGUCUUUACCCAAGGUUUCCUAUGUAACUGCGAUGGAUCUCUUUGUUUCUGUUUGUUUCAUUUUUGUUUUUGCAGCCUUGAUGGAGUAUGGAACCUUGCAUUACUUUACCAGCAACAGAAAAGCAAAGACAAAUAGAGAGAAAAAGCUAAAAAACAGGGCCUCGAUGUCCCCAGGUCUCCACCCUGGAUCUACUCUGAUUCCAAUGAGCAGCAUCUCUCUGCCCCAAGGAGAGGAUGAAUACGGCUAUCAGUGUUUGGAGGGCAAAGAUUGCGCCAGCUUCUUCUGCUGCUUUGAGGACUGCAGAGCCGGCUCCUGGCGGGAAGGCAGGAUCCACAUCCGCAUUGCCAAGAUUGACUCCUAUUCUCGAAUAUUUUUCCCAACAGCUUUUGCCCUGUUCAAUCUUGUCUAUUGGGUGGGCUAUCUUUACUUAUGA